AUGGCAGAAGAGACCGAAGGACGAAUAAUACGUCUCACAUUGGAAUACGAUGAGCCGACUUCGAUUGCCGAUGACUUCAUACCUUGUUCUAAUAUCCUCAAAACCAGGUCCUGGGCAUAUCGUGAGUACAUUGGAGCAGAUCUGCUUAGGAAGCCAUGGCGUGGCCAGAUGCAGUCCCGCGCAGAGUUCAUUGCAAGGUCAGCCAAGAAAUUAGCACAUGGCAAAGGCCCCGAGAAUUGUGAAUUACCAGCGAUUUUACAAUCGGAAAUAAUGGCGCGUAUAUCGGUUGAGCUAAAUUCAGAUCUUAUGAAUAGCGAAAUUUGCAGAUCUAGAUUCUGGCAUUCCGAGCGUAGCACUCUUCCCGAGGCACUAAGUAUCGAACAUAUGGCAGCGAUUGAGGAACUACAAGCUAACACGAACGGUCUGCACGUUGAUGGCCACGAGGCAUGUCUUUUGUGGCUAGAAGAUUUGCUUGAUGAUGGCGAGAAGCAUACUGGUUCUCAAGUUGAAUCAAUGCGUGUUACGAAAACUCGACAUCAAGCAUGCUAUAUUCAAAUACCAAAUAAAGAGUUGCUGGAAAGUAGGAUAGGAUUCAUCAGCGAUGACAUGCCGUUCCUUGUCAUUACUUCUGAUCCCGAAGAGGGCGGGAACAAUAUGCCAACAGAUCCAAAGUUUAGGGCCUACAGAGCUUGCCAGCUGCUUUCGUCUCAGGAAAGACUACGACAGGGUGCAGGAGAGACAACAGCAUGGGAAGCCGGUCCUUUGAGCUGGCAGAUCUCACAUCAAGGCAGCCUAUGGUCAAUCACGGCAUGUUAUUUUGAAGGUCAUGACACAGAUUCCUGCUGUGCUGUGAGCUGCAUCGAAUCUGUCGACCACGCACUGCAAUUGUUGCUCAUUGUCGACUACAUUAUUGAUUGGGGGCGCGAGAUAUACCGUAAAGCCAUAGUCAACAGUCUUUUUAGAGCUUCCGAACUUGAAGCCAAGCCAAUGAUUCACUCGACCUGGACAUCGAGGAGGUUUAACAAAUCUGAACCUCAGUCUUCGACAGCACCAAGAACACCCAAUACAUCGAGAAUUGACCCUCUUAAGAAGUAUGACAACAGAUCUGGGUUCGUUCGAGAUGCCGGUUUCGUCAAAUCUCUUUUCGCUGCUCUCUAUGUGACAGAGGAUAACUAUGGGAUUUUAAUGGGAUCUUUGGUUCCAAAUAAGCGCAAGGCACUAGCUGAUUCAAUUCUCAAAUGCCUAACCGAAGCUUGGCGAGUUUCCAAGGAGGCGCUCGACGCCCUUGAGCUGUCAUGGGCAACCAAAAGCCGUAAGGAUGCUGAUCAGUAUCCCAAAGAUAAGAUUUUCCUGGUUGUCGUAAGUGUCACAGCCUACCUAACAACAUCCUGGGAGCCGACUAGGGAACUGGGGUACCUUGCAGUAGCGGAGUCCCUUCUUGACCGUCUGCUAGAGACUGCGAGCCUUCAGCACCAUCCUGGGCGUACCCCAACUGGAUUCCCCACGGUGGGGGUACCUGCGAUGGGGAUUUUCACCAUGCUCAAGCAAUGUACCAUUCAGGAUACACUGAAAGCAUGUGUCGCUCGUAAAUGCCGCCAAACUGGAAUUGAAGCAAUGGUGUGUGGGAAGUCAGAGAAUGAGAAACCUCACAACUUUCAGGUUUUUCUAUCGGAGAUGACGGCAGAGGGGAUGAGACAUCGACUUGACGUUGUCAUCAAGCCAGUGUCAGUGUCAAAAGCGCGGAACAUCGUUUUUGAACUAUUAAACGGACACACGGUUGAAGUUUCAUCGUCUUUAUUUCGUGUAUCCUCUCUUCUUGAGGAACUUCCACGGCCAGGAGAAGCUCUGAAUUAUCCCGACCCACCUACAGGAGACGAGUGCAUAUGGGACCUACCAUCUAAUCUUCCGGACUUUGAGGAGAAAAACGUGGUGAUAGCCACGGCAGCCGAUUCAGUCAAGGCUGGUGCAGCUGGAAACGAAAUCUGUAUCUUCAUAAUGGAUUCGACCAUUUUAGAGCAUGGACUCCCGCUUGCAACUCUUCUAGACACACAUCCAGACUGGCAUCUACAAGUGAAGAGGUUCAAUCGCAAGCACCGCUGGGCAGCGAGAGAUGGAAAUCUCAGCGACUUCAUCUGCCGAGAUCGGUCGAUAGAACCUAUCCUAGCCGAGUAUCGAGAGCAUCUGAGAAGCACUGCCUUGGGUAGCGCGUCAUUUGACGAUGUAGGGUCAACUAAUAACAAGGGCUUUUGGGCACCCAAGGAGUUUACCAAAAGCAUGACAGUGGUGUCGAAUGCCAAAGAAGGGGCCAUGCGGCGAGGCCGGAUCAGCUCGAUGAUUUGGAGGAACCCUCCUAAGAACGCCAAGACUGAAGUCACACUCCCUGUGACUAGAUCUAAAACUAGCGGAGAGAGAAGGGAGCGUAGUAGUCCAGAAAUUCGUUCUGACGAAUCAAUUCCAUCCGAACGGAAGACAGUCUCCGUUCAAGGCAUUCAAACAGGCAGGACGGUUGUUUCUGUGGACGCCGAAAAUGAGGACGCUGAAGCAAUGUCAUCGAAGGGCAAGCGGCCUUUAUGGGAUGGAUUACCCGAGCACGACACACAUGAGCAACCUGUUGAUGCACUGACAGGCGCGUUUAACUAG